AUGGCGCAGUCGUUAAUCGCCGGCGGGCGAAUCACAGCCUCGGCGGGUUCUAACCUGCUGGGUCAGCAUGCAGUUGAUCGCAACCAGGAGGCGACGGUGUACGUGGGCAACCUGGAUCCUCAGGUUACCGAGGAGAUCGUGUGGGAGGUGUUCGUCCAGGCAGGACCGGUGGUGAACGUGUACAUGCCGAAGGAUCGCGUGAGCAACGCGCAUCAGGGUUACGCCUUCGUGGAGUACAGGGGAGAGGAGGACGCGGACUACGCCAUCAAAGUGCUAAACAUGAUCAAGCUGUUCGGAAAGCCCAUCCGCGCGAACAAGGCUUCCGUCGACAAGAAGUCCACAGACGUCGGCGCCAACCUGUUCGUCGGCAACCUGGAUCCGGACAUGGACGAGAAGCUCCUGUAUGACACCUUCAGCGCGUUUGGGGUGGUGAUCACAACGCCCAAGAUCAUGAGGGACCCCGACACUGGAAACAGCCGGGGGUUCGGCUUCGUGAGCUACGAUUCGUUCGAGGCGUCAGAUGCGGCAAUUGAGGCGAUGAACGGUCAGUUUUUGUGCAAUCGACCGAUUUCGGUGACGUACGCGUACAAGAAGGACACAAACGGGGAGAGGCACGGCACACCGGCCGAGCGGUUGCUCGCGGCAAACAUGGAGAAGAAGACUACGACGCAUAGACCGCACACCAUGUUCGCGGCGGGACCCGCGGGUGCACCGCCGGGCGCUGGGCCGCCGGGGAUGCCGCCGGGGAUGCCGCCGGCAGGCAUGGGGAUGCCGCCUCCGCCGCUCGUAGGGGUGGCGCCGCCCGGCAUGAUGGGUGCGCCUCCGGGCAUGAUGGGGGCACCUGCGCCUCCGGGCAUGAUGGGUGGGCCUCCUGGUAUGAUGCCGCCGCCCGGUAUGAUGCCGCCGCCGAUGGGGAUGCCGCCUCCCGGCAUGAUGCCGCCCCCUGGCAUGCCCGUGCCUCCGCCACCCCCCCAAUAG